AUGGCAUCAUCUAUUGUGCGCAGGUUUGAUGAAUUUGUAGCCAUGUCCGCGGAGGAUGCAAAUGUCGCAGAAGGCAAAAGAAAGUUUUACACCCUAGCAGGCUUUCCACAUGUCAUUGGGUGUGUGGAUGGAACUCAAAUACCUAUCAUCGCUCCCAAUGAAAGGGAGUGGGAAUAUGUCAACAGAAAGGGACGACAUUCCAUCAACGUGCAGUUGAUAUGUGAUGCUGACUUGCGUAUUAUUAAUGCAGUUGUGCGAUGGCCAGGAUCAACACAUGAUUCACGUAUUCUCAGGGAGAGCAAUGUUUAUGAGGUAAUGGAACAGAAUCCUGAGAGGGGUGUUAUUCUCGGCGAUAGUGGUUAUCCACAAUUACAGUGGCUUAUGGUGCCAUUUUAUAAUCCUGUUACAGAGGGACAGAGAGAAUAUAACAGAGUCCACAUGUCCACACGAAGCACAAUAGAACGUUGUAAUGGCAUUCUCAAGAGGCGUUUCUCCUGUUUAAACACGAUUCGCUUAAUUAUCACCCCCAGAGCUUGCAAUGUCAUAAUGUCCACAAUAGCUUUACACAACCUAUGCCUGAGGUACAGGGAUAUUGGAAAUGAACUAGAAUUGCAGCCUCAUGAGCCAGAAGAGAGGGCAAACGUAUUGAUGGUUUGA